ACUUCCGCACUGGGUAUCAACAACUAUGGCGAAGACGUACGACUAUUUGUUUAAACUACUGUUAAUCGGUGACUCCGGGGUCGGAAAGACGUGCGUAUUGUUCAGGUUCUCAGAGGAUGCCUUCAAUUCUACGUUCAUAUCGACCAUAGGCAUAGACUUCAAGAUAAGGACCAUAGAGCUCGACGGCAAGAAGAUCAAGUUGCAGAUAUGGGAUACAGCUGGCCAGGAGCGCUUCCGAACAAUCACGACGGCCUACUACAGAGGAGCAAUGGGAAUCAUGCUGGUCUACGACAUCACCAACGAGAAGUCUUUUGAAAAUAUCAAAAAUUGGAUAAGGAACAUAGAGGAGCAUGCGUCUUCCGACGUUGAGAAGAUGGUUCUCGGUAAUAAAUGUGACAUCAAUGACAAGCGACAGGUGUCCAAAGACAGGGGCGAGAAGCUUGCUUUGGAGUAUGGCAUUAAGUUCAUGGAGACGAGCGCGAAGGCCAACAUCAAUGUGGAGGGUGCUUUCUUGACACUUGCCAGGGACAUCAAAUCCAAAAUGGAUACCAAAAUGGAAGGGAACAUGCCGCAGGGGAGCAGCCAAGGAGUUAAGAUUCUGGAGCCACGGAAAAAGAGCAGCUUCUUCCACUGCAGCGUCCUUUGAGGACCACCGAGGCCUUUUUACCGAAGAACCCGCUCGAGCCCAAAUAAAACUGUUCCUUGCUUGGGAGCACUUCCUUUCGUUUCCUCUCCUCCCUACCAGUCUGCACAAAAGCAUAAUCGCCUCUUCUGAGCACUUCCAGCUGGACAAUCUCUUCCGUUUACAAGAAAUCUCUUAGGACCAAGGGGCCACUCGGAGGAGGACAACAACGAAGAGAUGUCGCACAAAUAACAGGCUUGUACUGCUGUUUUUCCCCCCUUUUUUCUUUGUCUUACUUCACCUAAGCGCCAGAGAAGGAGCGCUACUUCUUUGAGCGCUUUUUUAUAAGGUGGGGGGGGGGGGGGGGGGGGGGCACCUUUCUGCCAGAAACUGACAAGCUUGAACCCCAGCCAAACGGCGCCAUUUGGCAAUCGCGUAUGAAGCAGGUUUUAAUUCACUAAGACACGUGGAGCCUGACAUUUUGGUGCAAAGUGGCCAUGUUAAGGUCAAUUUGGUGAACAUUUACUUUUGGUACCAAUGCCCUCAAAACCAGCUUGACUUACCUACCUACCAAAUUGCUGUCAUGAAUGCAUCCACAAAAAAGUCUCAAGAACCCAUGUCCAAAGCAGUAAUUUUUGGGUCACCUUAAGCAUUUAGUGGUCCAUCAGAAACCAAACUUGUUUUAGGGAUUGUCCCAAUUCCAACCAAAUUCGAACCAUGCAUACGAGACAGAUGGAUGACACUAAAUCCUGAAAAGAUUUAAUGCCUCGCCAUAAUUUAAUUUCGAUGUGCAGCUUUUUGUUUUAUCAUGAUUUAUUAGGCAUUGUUCACCGCUUACGUGACAGUCGUUUGACUUCUAGACCAGCCUGUCUAAGAAUGAUCUCUUUCACACGGCGAUAUCCCGCAUCAGAGCCGUAACGGACUAUUUAUGCUUUUCACAGAAACCAGUCAAGCGGGUGCCGUGACCGUAUGUGCUUUUGCAGAACAGCGGUAAUUGCUACCUCCAAAGUUUGAAAAUGGCUCUGUCGAAAAUCUCGACUUUUACUGUCGGUGCGAAAGCGGCUGUUGAUUGGAUUGAAGGCAAUUUAGCUUUAUAAACAUAACAAAUUCUUGCUUUUGGGGUCCACUUCUAAAAAUGUACUAACAUGAUUGAUUCUGAUUUGAUACGGUAUCAAGCGUAAAAUGACGUUUCUGGCAAUUUGAACAAAAACCCUCCCCUCUCCCCCUCUUCUUCAGCUUUCCUCGCACUUUACCACGAACUCCAGUAGACAUUUCCAUGGCGUCAUAUUAGGGGGCAUAAUACUUCUUACAACUGACAUGUGAGAACCCAGUGCAGUAUUUGGCUGACAAUCUCAUUUUGAUUUCUGCCUCAUCUAUUUAUACAAAGCUCUCUUUUCUAUGGUAUUAUUUGUAAAAAAAAAAAAAAAAAAUAUUCAUAUUCAAAGGCAUAAGUACUGUUCGAUUUCGACAAAAAUCCCAAUCAGUAGUCAGUAUUUUAAAGACGCACUUAUGAGGUGUUUAAAUGCAGUCCAGGACGGUAGCUCUGCAUAUAUAGUUUUUCUUUUGUGCUUCCAUGAAUGUUAGAGCUGCUGUUAUGGAAGCCUCUUACAUGUACGUGUCAGUCGUCUUUUUUUUUGUUUUUUGUGCUCCAUUCAUUUUAUUUUCUUGACAUAUCAACAGACCUCCAACACGCACAUGUCUUCUCACUUCAUUCCUGUACCUUUGUCCCUGCACCAAAAAUCACGUGUGUCCAUUUGUCCUGUAUCGCGGUGCGGUUGUGCAUUGUGAUUCUUGGACGAGUGUGAGUGCAUGAGAGAAAGUGAGUGCUCUUUAAUAAUGAUCGCUUUGUUCGACAUUGAGCCAAAAAAUGGGACACUUUCUAAAUAAAGAAAUGAAUGAAUGAAUGAAUACAUCUACAUCAAUGCAAAACAUUGAGUGGGGAAGUUCAUAGUGAUAAAUAUUUCCUUAGUCUGGCAUUUUUUAAAAUCUUAACGUGUCUCUACACAAGAGGUAUUAGGGCUACAUUGGCUAGAAAAUAAAUAUAUUACUCGACUAAAAUAAUUUUAUGAGAUUAGGUGUAGAAAAAAUGUGCUAGAUAGUUAAGGACUGGCAAUCUUUUUCCUUUAAAAAACAGACUGAAAAAAAUACUGGAUUCGACAUGUUUAGGAACACCCCCUCACACACACAAAUUGUACAAAUGUAGCAAAUAUUCCCCCCCCCAAAAAAAUCUCACUAUUCUCAUAAAAUCACAGGUUUUUCCUUAAAGAAGAUUUUUUUGACAUUAUUCUCAUAAUCCUACUUUUUAUCUUGAGACAAUCUUAACUUUUGUCUCAUAAAAUUGAGCUUUCAAUUGUAGAAAAAAACAGGCUUUAUUUUCACAAGAUUACGUCUUAUCCCCCCCUAAAAUUAAAGGAAACCCUCUCCCCCGCCCCCAAAAUUUCAUCCAGAAAGAGACUUUACUCUCAUAAGACUGUAGUUAUAACCCCCAUAAUCUUUCUGGGGGGGAGGGGGGAUCAGAAUUUAUCCGUAUGAUAGAAAACAUUUAUAACCCUGAAUAAAAUUCACUUAUUAUAUUAAAAUGAUUUUUUCCAGUGUGGCCCUAAUACUCCUUGGGUAAUAAUGUCUCUGCUCAUACUGGUGUUUUAUUGAGACAUGCAAUAUUAUCGUGUGUUAUGAACCACAUGUCCUGCGUGAACAGGCUAAUUAUGACAAUUUCUUUUUUUUUUUUUUUUUUUUAAAUCUGACUUUGUAUUUUUACUCAGAUUUUCACAUACAUUUCAUACAUGGUGAAGGACAUAACAUAGUGAAUAUUCUAUUGAGAGAUCUACUUAUUGUACUGUACUUUCUACUUCCAGCGUGAAGAUGUGUAUCUGAAGUUUGUAGAGAUGUCUACUUUUUUUGGGAUGAAUAAAAAAAAAAAAAUAAUAAUAAUAAAACAACA